UUACACUCAGAACGACACUUCAUAACUUAGUAAAGAUGUGUUACUUGCCUAGACUUGGUUGUCGUGAAUUAUGGGGACAAAGACUGCGUGCGUCCGUCUGUCUGAAUGUCUGUCUGUCCGUCUGUCUGAAUGUCUGUCUGUCCGUCUCUCUGAAUGUCUGUCUGUCCGUCUGUCUGAAUGUCUGUCUGUCCGUCUGUCUGGAUGUCCUAAGAGAUAAUGUUGUCUGUUUACCUAUCAUUCAGCCCUUCCCUGUGUUCUCGGCAUGGCGCUGACUUGUUUUCAAGAGGCAGUUAACAAAGGGAUGAAAAAAAACCUUAAAACGCAAUCUGAUCCAUAUUCACAAGAGGCCUCGUGCACAGCCAGCCUCGGUUUCGACAUCGCCAUGGCGCAUGACUAACGACGAUCACCGAGAUACCACAGAUGCUUCCUCAGGCCACGCGAGUCUGUCAUCAUUGGUUUCCCCCAGGCUGGAGGUGAGGGAGGGGCUGGCAGAGGUUGGGAUGAGGGGAGAGGGUGGACUGUCGUCACGUGCGCAGAUGGCGCAGGCAGCGCCGAGCGCGUGGACCUCAAACAUUGAGUCAUCUUGCUCAGGCCCGCAGUGGCCAACAAGUGGGCCUCGCCAACAGUCUUCAUCGUGCUUCAGGUGUUUGUACAACUUCCGUCAGCCUCUUACAGUCUGUGGCUUUAAAUAACCUGUGAUGGAAGUAUGCAAGCUUGGCUUACAGUCGUGACGUCAAGGUCAAAAUGUGUUGGUUGGGCUCCCUCCACGCACCGCUCCCCCAGGUGAGAUCAGACGAGAGCUGCCAGAAAAGACCAACGACUUCACGCUGGCGCAAGCUUUCUGUUGUGACGUCACUACCGCCUGCGUGGCGUGAGAAAAGCCGUUGACGUGCGUUAGUCACAUGACAAAGACAGAGACAUUCACACAGUCACGAAAGGAUGCAUUUCGGGAACCUACAUCGAACUGUCAUCGGUUAGGGUUCGAAGUCCACUCGGCGAGCUGUGAAAACUGUGGGUGACCUUAUGUUGACCUGACGGCGUGGGUGAACAAUGACGUCAUUGGGUGAGGCAAGUGCACGCGAGGUUUGCGCUUCUGCCUGAUCACUGGUGCUCUUUGUGUCAAAUGUCGAGUGCUUUGGUGUCACCAAGGACCCGUUCGCAUGCACCGUUACAUCAGGAAGAAAAAAAAAACACACUGACAAAACUUUCGAACCCUUGCGCAAAGAUUUACGUGGGACUGUUUUCAGGGAGACUCACCCUUGUGAAAUGAAAAGGUUUAGGAGAAGAUAAAUAGAUGAUAAACAGAUGAAGUGGAGAAGGAAAAAUAGUAGACAACUGGUUGCCAUUAGAGAGAAAUGUGAUCGUCGUGUUCAUUCACGAGCAUCGUUCGGCUGAACACGCGCCGGGAACAAGCCCCUAAAUGAAUCAUUUCUCGCAUUCCUUCAGCAUACAGGGAUAGUAUUUAAAAAAACAGAGAUAACCUGAAUGUUGACUUGUUUUUAUUUUGGAGCUGAAACAAGUGAGCCAUGACCAGAGCAGGUGAUCUGUGUGUUCAGUGCUGCGAGAGUUUGCGGGGAAUCCCCAAACGUGUGUUGUGCCUGGCGAUGGUGGUUCUCCAGGGUGGACUGUUCAACGUGUACAUGUACCUCUGGCUGGGCUCUACCUGGCUCCUCUGGUUCCUGUAUGAUGGCCUCAACGUUGUCCUCUUUGUCGCUGCCUUCGUCUUGUCCUUCCGGUCCAUGGAAGAGCAAAGGAGAGGGCGUUUUUCUCGCAAGACGAUUGGCUGGCUGGCCUGGCUGAUACUGGAGAUCGGAGUGCUGACGCGCAUGAUUAUUGGCCUUUUGAACUUUGUCGAGCACCUGAGGGAAGACGCGUUUUUUGGACCGAACACGUUCAAGACGACCAUCGCCCUCUCAGCCGUCAUCUUUGUACUUCUGCUGACGUCACACUUUGAGGCGCCGUCGGGGUCACCACAGAGAGUGUACAUCGAAGAGUUGACUGGAACCGUGAUGUUCGACCUCAUCGACACGGUGGAAGCAAUCGACGUGCUGUUCGACAAGAAAGCAAGGGCAUCCUUCACCGACGGCAUCCCUGUGGCGUUGAUGGUCAUCGCCUGCAUCAACCUGCUGCUACCCACAAUUCCCUUCGUCACGCUCAGCCUCACAGGCUUCGGCCAGAAGCGACUGUCCAACGUCCUGGUGUCGGCCCACAAGGCCUUGGUUACUGUGGCCAUCAACCUGCCCAACCUCAUCGUGCGCCUGAUCCUGUGGCACGGCUUCAGUGUGGGCAUCUCCGUCUUCAUGCUCAAGAACAUCGUGCUCAUCCUCCUGACGACCCACGGCUUCUACGAGCACAAGCUGCUGAAGUACAAGGAGCACAGACUGGAGAAUGACAACCGCAAGGACAUGGCGCUCAGCGAGGGUCAGCAGGACAACGCGAGGGAGGGCGCCACCGGAAGCGGAAGUACAGUUGGCUACAACAGGGGCUUGUCCCUCGUGAAGAGUGUGUCGAGUGAAGACUCCGAUCCUGGUGAUUCAGGCGGGCGGCAAAGCUUUUGGAUAGAAGAAACGGUCUGACAUAACUUGACUGUCUGUGAGUGUGUGAGUGAGUGCGUGUACCCGUGUGCGUCUUAGCAUCUCAUUUUUAAUGUAUGUUAUUUUAUAUUUAUAUAUCUAUCAACGUACGUAAGAGAUAGACGAUCAGGAUGUAGAAGAGAAUGAUGAAUAGAUUAAGGGCGAAAGGAGAUCAAGCUGAAAGGAUGGACGAUGACUUUCUGUCAGUAAUAAAAUGUAAGUUCACAAAACAUUUUCUUCAAUAAGCAGACAUAAAAAAAUCAAAUAAACCCCCGAAAGGAAAAGAAAACACUUCCUCGAUAAGUAGACAAAAUUAUGUUAAAGGAAAAAAAUGAAGCACGAGAGAGAGAGAGAGAAAGGGCUGUGUGAAUAUAAGUAUGUGUAAGCGUGCGUACAUGUGUGUGUGUGUGACUAGAAGAGAAAGAAAGAUGUUAUAUGUGUUUUUUAAUAUGCAGACAUUUUCACUCCCAUGUUAAGCAAACACAUUCCUGGUUGUGAAGAGGUAAGAAGAUGUCCAACAGUGGAAAUCCCCUUCAUACAAAAAUGUUUGCUAAGGGCGUGUCUACAGAAAGUGAAACUAAAACAACACGUGGACAGUGUCACGUGACUUCAUUCUGCUCUGUGGCAACUGAGAGAAACUUUCUUUGAAAGUGGGCACGUAGCAUGAACAAUUAUUGGCAAAAAAAUUGUAUCAACGCAGAAGAGAGACUAAAGUGAAAAAAAUCAAAUUACCAAGAGCAAUGUAAACAGACAAAAUAAAUAAAUGAUGUCCCAUGCAUAACAGUAUGUGGCGUUCUACAACCAUGACAAAUGAAAUAUCUUGUAUAAAGUGGAAACAAUC